UUUUAGUUGAUCAUGUGACAUUGCAUAUUUCUGUGUUAAAACUAAACAUUUGGAAAGCUAAAUAAAAGGCUGCAUCUUCAGAUCUAAUUUUAGUAAAUAAAUACACAAAAAAUGAUAUCCUUCAGGGGUGUUUUCAGCAGUUUCUUUCUCUAUUUAUUUGUAAUAUUUUAUUUUAUUUGUGCAACUAGAUCGCAUAAUGUAAAUCAACUUAAAUAUAAAUCUACAUUUCAGAAACAUGAUUCAGGGUUCCUUCAUCACAUGAGUGUAGAUCCACUCUCAGAGCCUCAGCAGGCGUGGAAUUAUGUCACUGUGCGCCCUAAAGCUCAUCUCUUCUAUUGGCUGUAUUAUACGACACACCCACAAAGUUAUAAAAACCGCCCACUAAUUUUAUGGCUACAGGGUGGACCAGGAGGUUCUGGAACUGGUUUUGGAAAUUUUGCAGAGUUAGGUCCCUUGGAUGUUAACCUCCAGCCUAGGAAUACAACUUGGCUUCAGACAGCCAGCCUGCUGUUUGUUGACAACCCUGUGGGUACAGGCUACAGCUAUGCUGAGGACAGCUCGGCUUUUACAACCAACGUGGCUGAAAUCUCUGCAGACCUGCUCACUCUAAUGAAGUCCUUUAUACAGUCUUUCCCAGACUUCAAGGAAGUUCCUUUUUACAUAUUUUCUGAAUCCUAUGGCGGAAAGAUGACAGCAGACUUUAGUGCUGUACUGUAUAAUGCCAUACAGAAAGGUCAAAUUUCAAUGAACUUUCAAGGUUUUGCCAUGGGUGACUCAUGGAUAUCUCCUGUAGACUCAGUCAACUCAUGGGGUCCAUUCCUCUAUGCUACAUCUAUUGUUGACCUGCCUGGCAUGAACAGAAUUAAUGCGGUCGCAAAAAAAGUUUCUGAUCUUGUCCAACAAGGUAAAUUCAUAGAAGCAACAGCUGCUUGGAGCACAGCAGAGGCAACAGUGGAAUCAGAGAGCGCUGGUGUCAACUUUUAUAAUAUCUUGGACUGGGUUGGGUCUUCUAGUCAACAAAAAAAAGUCUAUCGAAACCCAUUAGAGAACCUUUACCAGCGCCAUGUUGGUGUUAUGGCAAACGAUGACUUAGACCAACUUAUGAAUGGCCCUAUAAAAGAAAAGCUUAAGAUAAUUCCAGACCAUGUCACAUGGGGAGGUCAGGCAGGGGAAGUCUUUGAAAAACAAGCAGCAGAUUUCAUGAAGAAUGUAACAAGCACAGUCAACAAUCUUGUCAACAACUCCAAGCUGAAGGUCAUUAUUUACAGUGGUCAGCUGGAUCUUAUAUGUGAUGUGUUGGGAACAGAAACUUGGUUCUAUAAAACUAUUGACAAAUCAACACCAUUCCAGAAGGCAACAAAGCAAGACGUCCAGUGCGACAAUAAACCAGGUGUUUGUUUUUAUGUAAAACAGUUUGAGAACUUGCAGUUCUAUUGGAUAUUGGAUGCAGGUCACAUGGUUCCAACAGAUAAUGGCCCAGGGGCCCUUGCAAUGGUAAAUAAAAUAAUCGGCUAGAGAUAUGUCAAGGCUUUUGCUUUAUAUAUCAAAGUAUUAUUCAAGAAGUUCUUAAUAAACUAUUUUGUCUACAUAAUUUAUGUAUAUUUGUAAAAAAUAAAAAGUAAAUAAAC